AUGUCUGCCCCCGCCCCCGCCACCGCCACCGCCCCUGCAGGCGGUGCCAACCGCCAGGCUGCCCUUGCCGCCGCCAUGAAGGUUCAGGCCGAGGAGAAGCUCCGCGUCGGCUGCUACGAGACUCCCUACAGCUUCUUGGGUGCUCUGGGCUACACCAUCUUCAUCUGGAUGUUCACCUCCCCCUUCUGGCUCGUCGGCGUCUACCUUUACUCAGAGCCCAAGACCGACUAUGAAGAGGAUCUUGGUCUGGGUCUGCUGAUUGUCGGCUUUCUCUUUGCUGGUCCCCUCUGGCUCAUCUUCAUGUUCCUCUGGCUCAAGAAGCGUCUCGCCGGUCCCCCCGCUGUACGUUGCAUCUGUCCGCCACUGGUUUUGCUCGAGGCAGCCUCAACUCUGGUCUCCUGA